GAGCUGAUCAACAAUUGGUUUAAUCAUUUUUUUAACCCGGCCCGCAAAACAACAAUUCUCUCUCUCCAAACGAUCAAGUUUUUUUUUUAUUCAGCGCGAAGAAUAAGAGCAACAAUAACUAAUUGGAAUUGAACGCAUCAGUGCAUCAGUGGCCUUUUGUUGUUGCUGCAGAGUACAGCAAGUCUCAAGUUCUUGUUUUUGAUUUAACUGCGUGCGUAGAAUUUGUGAAAAGAGAAAGUUUUCCACCCGCCAUCUCUCCACACCUUUUGGACACCUCUCUUUCACUCGUGCGUCUCGUGGACGGAGCGCUUUACGGUCGUGGCCCAAAAACUGCGCCUGCGCAGCGACAAUUUCACAACCAAUUGAGGUCGGAUCAGCUUGCAAUACCUUCCUUGGAAUCCAACCAAAUAUGGGCACCAAGCAGACAGUGUCCCCCGUGGCCACCAAAAACUCUACGCAUGGAUCACCUUCCAAGCUAAAAGCUAGCUCCACUUCAUCAUCAUCAUCAUCCGCAAUGGGGAAUGGCAAGCACAGGGAGACGAAAACAAAGACGACGGAAGCGAAUGCCCUACCGCCACAGAAAUCGGUGGUGGUGGCCUAUAUAUGCUGGCUAUUUGGUGGUAUCUUUGGACUGCAUCAUUUGUACCUGCAUCGGGAUCGCCAUGCCUUCAUCUGGUGGUGUACUCUAGGAGGCUACAUGGGCAUCGGCUGGAUGGGUGAGCUGUUCCUAAUCCCCGAAUACGUGAGGGAUGCCAAUGAGGAUCCACAGUUUGUGAAGCAGUUCGUUGCCAAGCUGCAAGCAUAUCCAAAACCACCAUAUUCCUCGAAGAGAUUCGUGGGCCAGGUGAUGAUCGGUCAUCUGUUUGGACAAGUGUGCUCCAUGGCCAUACCAGAGACUCUGAUUGGUGGCUGGGACCUGAGCAUCUUGCACUGGGCGAUACCCAUCUUUGUGUCCCUGGGCGUCUGGCUGGUGGGCAACAUUGGACGGGAGCAGGGUGUCUGGUGGCACUGCCUCCUGGCUGCUUUUCUAGCCUAUCCGGCCAGGUAUCUGAUAUACGAUGAGACCUACUCCCUGCUACUUACUGGUCUGAUUUCGGCCCUGACCUUUGAUGGCAUCUCCAAGCAGUGGCGACGCACUCCACCCAGGCGCGGCAGUCCCGGCGAGCGAACCUUUAAGCUAACCACCGCUGUUAUCAUCUAUUGUGCCUUCUGGGGCAGCUUUUUGUACUUCAAUGGCACCAUUUCGGAUGAGGAUGGCGGCGAGGUGCCCAUCCACGAGGCUCUGCACAACUUCUUGGCCUCGGCCUGGUGGACGGAUCUGAAGCAAGCCCUGCAGGAUACCUACAAUUAUGCCCAGCAUCAUGGUUGGUAUGAGACUUGGAAGGAGGUGUUUGAAAGCAUGGACGUGGAUGGCGAACGGAAUUCGUAUAAGGUGCUGGGUGUUAGUGCCACUGCCUCCCAGGCGGAGAUCACCGCUGCCUAUAGGAAGCUCUCCAAGGAGUAUCAUCCAGAUAAGGUUAAGGAUGAGGCCUUGAGAGCCCAGGCACACCAGCGUUUCAUUGAGAUCCAGCAGGCUUACAGUGUGCUUAGCAAAAUUAAGUCGAAUCGCAGACGCAAGAAUAAGCAGUAUCAACAGGAGGAAGAGGCAAUUGUCCUUUGAGAAGGAAGAAGGAAAGGGAAUACACUUCCUUUUAGGAUGUAAUUAAAAUAUUAGUUGCAUUGUGACCCAGUUGAGAGGGAGGAAAACUUCUCUAAACUGAUUUGUAAUGCUUAAUUAAAAAACACACUGAAUCUAGUUAAUGUACUAAAAAAAUAAGAAAAGAAAGGAUAUCUUCAAGUCUCUUAAAUAGAAACUCUAUCUACACAAAUCUCUAAUUAUUUUUUAUAAAAAACCCAUAGUUAAUUGAAAAACGAAACCCCUUUUACAGGGUAUCCCUUAGUGCCUUAAAAAUCAACCCUGUCUACAAAAAACUCUAAAUUGUUGUUCUAAAAACCACACCGACUUUUAUAAAUUUACUUAAAGUUCCAAAGUCGCUUAAAUAUCAAUUCUAUUUAAAAAAUUCUCGAAAUUUUUAUUAAAAACCACACACCGACUGUAUUUAAUUUACUAAAAGAGAAAAAACUGUUUUAAAAAGUAUCUACAAGAAUCUCUUAAAUGUUAUACAUCCCACUCCACCUCUAGUUAAUUAACUAAAUAAGUAAACCCUUUUACAGGGUAUCUCUUAUUCGCUUAAAUAUCCAUUUCACUUACACCUUUUCCCUUCGUUUUUUUGCUCAAGAAAAUAAUUGCAUAUUGGCUACGCUUACGUGUUGCCUUUAAAUAAUUCGAAAAUUGAAAUAAUUGAUGCGUGACAGACAGCAUUUCCAUUUUAUAUUUAUAUUCAUUUAUUUAUUUUAUUUUAUAUAUUUAUUUUACAUAAUAUAAUGAACUACUUAACAGACUAAGCUUAAAAAAAAAGUGUUUUUUUC